UAGGACCCCGCGAAGCCUCCAGUAGUUUUGGUCAGGUAUCAGCUGGUUAUAAAACCACCAGGUGGAAAGAGACCGUGUAUUUGACAACACUGGAGAAAAGCGGUUUGUCGUAAUAGGAGAAACAAGAAAGACAACAUGGACAAGACGGUCAGGACGGUCAGCCUUCCCACUCAGCCCGACAAAACCACCACAGUCAACCUGGUGGAGAGCAGCAGCGCCCCCAGCGGGCUGGAACUGGUCAGUUCCUAUCAGACCCACAGAGUGGGAGACCCCAUGGACCUGGUGGCCCUGGCAACACAAGUCCAGAAGGGGGAUGAUUUCAUUAAGGCCAAUGCUGGCAACAAACUGACAGUCAUUGCUGACCAGAUCCGAUACCUACAGGAGCAGGCCAGAAAGGUUUUAGAAGAGGCCAAAAGAGAUGCUGACCUCCACCAUGCUGCCUGUAACAUUGUGAAAAAGCCCGGCAACAUGUAUUACCUCUAUGAGCGGCAGUCCGGACAGAAAUACUUCUCCAUCAUCUCUCCUCAGGAAUGGGGUUCAAGUUGCCCUCACUCUUUCGUCGGUGCAUUCAAACUUCAACACGACAUGUCCUGGACCCCCAUCGAUGAGGUGGAGAAGAGGGACUCGGAGAUCGCCAUCAUGGAUAAACUACUGAGCCAGAAGACUGCCAUACCUCCUUAUGCAGGACCCAACUUCAGGGGCCUCUCUGAUUAGAGGACUGCUGAACUGGACUGAAUAAAGGACUGGAAUUUUUUAAAGGAUGCUGGCUAUAGUCUUAAUGAACAUCUACUUGAACUGACAGAUCCAUACAUGGACUGGAAUUGCUGAUAUCAAAACUGCCAUCACACAGUGUCUGUGUGACUUUUACUGAGUGAAGACUCAUAAUGUGUUACAAAAACUAUUGGUUUGUAUACAUAUUGUUCUGAUAUUGGAUGUAUACACUCAACCUUAACAGUCUUCGCUAAACUAGAAAAAUAUCAGAGUGGGUUAAUCUGGUUAGCCCGCGCAAGGAAUUUCUUCUGAAUAAAAUUAGAAAAAGA